AUGGACGAUAUCAAAGAGGCACAAGACUUGGCAUCCUCGGCGCCAGCGGCGCAUGAGGCGCAUCUCGUCUUGAUCCCCCAGCCGAGUACCCACCCUCGUGACCCCCUGAACUGGUCUUUGCGGCGAAAGUACAUUAUCCUAUCAGUGCUUUGCUUGGCCUCGUUCUCGGGCGCUGUUGCGCCAUUGUCUGGGCAGUUGAAUCUUGCGGACCAGGAAAAGCUGUAUCAUAAGACGAAGCUACAGGAGUCUUAUGCGAACUCAGCCGCCCUGGCCGGUAUGGCCGCAGGGCCAUUCUUCUUCGCGCCCAUUGCCCACCUUCUGGGCCGCAGCUCGGUCAUCUUUUGGUCAUAUAUUAUCUCGCGCCUGUUCUCAGGGUUCUUCGGUGCAGUGCCGACUGUGCUAGGCCCUCGUGUUGUCACCGACCUGUUCUUCUUGCAUCAGCGCGGCCGUGCUUUUACUGCAUUGCACAUGUCCUUUUGUUUCGGAACGAUCGCUGGUCCAACAUUCUCGGGCUUCAUCUCAGCAGGGGCCUUUUUCCCUGUGGAGUUCUGGUGGACCGUUGGUCUGCUUGGAUUCACUCUGAUUUGUUGCUUCCUAUGUCUUGAAGAGACAGGGUUCAAUCGCGUGGAUCUUGACAAAAACCCCAAGGUUCCGAUUUCAUUUGGUGAAAAUCGGUUAGCAACUUUCUUCUUCGGGCAUCGAGUUGCCAAAAUUGGGAUCACUCCCAUCCUCAUCGGCAUUUGUCCUGUCACUGUUAUUAUGGGCAUCUUCACCCUCAUCUCCUUCGGCUUCUAUGUCGGCGUAAACGCGCUUACCCCUGUCUGGCUCCAGAAGCCGGUCGCAGAGGGUGGCUACGGUUUCACCUUGAAGCAAAACGCGGCGUUUACCUUCUGCCACUGGAUCGGUAUCAUCUUCGUCCAAUUCUACGGGCACUACUUGAACGACCGGCUCCCUCUCGCUUUCGCACGCCGCUGGAACAACGGUGCCUGGAAGCCGGAAUACCGCCUGCAUGUCCUCUGGCUCCCCAGUCUGAUUCUCAAUCCGAUUGGACUGGGAAUAUUUGGCGCCGCUUUACAAUAUCAUCUACACUAUAUGGUCCUAGCACUCGCAGUUUUUAUCGUCACUAUCGGAUCGCUUGCUAGUGUGCCAGUCACGGUGAACUACGUCGUUGAGUGUUUCACCAAGUACCCUGCGGAGGCUGGCAUCGUGAUUGGUGCUUACCGCAUUGCCUACGGACUGACAAUUAGCUUCUACAUCAAUCCGUGGGUGGAGGCGGUCGAUGUAGGCUGGGUCUACGGAAUGAUGGCAUUCUUUGCAGUGUUUUCAUUCUUCUUUGUGAUGCUCCUGAUGUGGAAGGGUCAUAGUAUUCGUGGGAUUCAAUUUUCCAGCCUUGGAUCGAGCGAGGAAGGUGAGAGGUUGAUGGAGUAA